AUGGUUUCAGACCUUAUUUCUGAUACCUACGUGACACAAUUGGCCAUCUCUCAACGAUCGCCAUUGCUUAGUUUCAGGAAUCUCUUUGUACUGCUGUUAUUGUACUUUUCUUAUCGUACUACUGUCAUUGUACCGUCUCUUUCUACUGCUGAUAUUGUACCGUCCCAUCGUUCUGCUGUUAUGGUACCGUCUUUUCGUACUGCUGUUAUUGAACCGUCUCUUUGUACUGCUGUUAUUGAACCGUCUCUUUGUACUGCUGUUAUGGAACCGUCUCUUUGUACUGCUGUUAUUGUACCCUCUCUUCAUACUGCUGUUAUUGUACCGUCUCUUCAUUCUGUUGUUAUUGUAUCUUCUCUUCGUACUGUUGCUAUUGUACCGUCUCCUCAUACUGCUGUUAUCGCACCGUCUCUUCUUACUGCUGUUAUUGUACCGUUUCUCUGUACUUUUGUUAUUGUACCAUCUCUUAAUACUGCUGUUAUUGUACCAUCUCUUAGUACUGCUGUUAUUGAACCAUCUCUUAGUACUGCUGUUAUUGAACCAUCUCUUAGUACUGCUGUUAUUGUACCAUCUCUUAGUACUGCUGUUAUUGAACCAUCUCUUAGUACUGCUGUUAUUGUACCAUCUCUUAGUACUGCUGUUAUUGAACCAUCUCUUAGUACUGCUGUUAUUGAACCAUCUCUUAGUACUGCUGUUAUUGUACCAUCUCUUAGUACUGCUGUUAUUGAACCAUCUCUUAGUACUGCUGUUAUUGAACCAUCUCUUAAUACUGCUGUUAUUGUUAUGUAA